CUGCCGCUGCCUCAGUCAGUCAGUCGCGAGGCGUUUGUGCGGGCAGUCUGCGCACCGACCCGGCCGGCCACCGCCUCGGCCCUCGCCACCGACUCGAGUAGAGGCAGGUCGCUGCGACGCGCGAAGCGAAGUGCGGGUCGACUCGCCCUCCCGUCCGUCCCUUCGCCUACGUCAGGCCAUCGGGCACCAUCGGGGCGAGGCGAGACGAGCCCGGCGAGGGCGUGUGAGUUUAUUUGUGUCGUGCUUUUCUGCUUGUCGCGUGCGUGGCGGCGACGCGGCAGCACGCGUUGCGUUGCGUCGCGAGUGCAUUGGAACAGCAUUGGAUUAAACCAGACACCAGCACGCGGGACGGGACAUCUUGCUGUCGGCCUGUCGGCGCGGACACUACAUGGGGCAUUUGAUCCAUGCUGUGAAACGAGCUCUCCACUGACACUGGUGGAUCGCCAUCGCGCGGUGGCCCCGGAUACACUGAUGGUCGAGCCGCAGAGCCGACCGCGGCGCCCUCGCUGCUGAGAGGCUGAGGCUCUCCCGCAGCGUCCCGCAGGCCGGAGCGCCGCGUGCGCAGUAGCGCCUCAUGGAUCUGCUCGCUUGAACAGCCACAGACAUGAAGUCCCUGGAGCGCGUGUCCGCAGCGUCGGCCGGAGAGGCGGCGCCCUGUGCCUACUGGCUGGAGGACGACGACGAGGAGGUGGACGUGGACGUGGAGGAGGACAUGCUGCUGGGCUCCGAGGACUCGACGUCCACGUCGACGUCGAGCCGGGGAGGCAAGGAGGGCCACGGCAAGGCCAGGAGCGCAGACGGCUCCGAGAGCUCGGGCAGCGAGCGGAGUGAGCGCGUGAGCGGCAGCGUGGACGAGCGGGACGAGCGCGACGAGCGGAGCGCGGUGGAGCGCACCGCCAUGGCCCAACUGCCCCCGGCGAUGCAGCCGCGGCCCAAGCGGAAGCUGAGCUGCUCGUCCACCACCAGCCACGCGGGGGCGCACCCCUUGCGGAGGCGGAAGUCGGGCAUCUCCGCCCGGGAACGGAACCUGCGGCGGCUGGAGAGCAACGAGCGGGAACGCAUGCGGAUGCAUUCCCUCAACGACGCUUUCGAGCAACUCAGAGAGGUGAUACCGCAUGUGAAGAUGGAGCGCAAGCUGUCGAAAAUAGAGACUCUCACCUUGGCCAAAAACUACAUUAUGGCGCUAACGAAUGUCAUAUGCGAAAUGCGAGGCGAAGAAAAGCCGUACACGUUCCUUGAUGUUGAUUGUGAAACAAAUGGAAGUGGGAGCGGCACCGAGCAAGGACCAGAGGCAGAUGACAUGGAACCCAACAAUAACAGUUUGUUUCAAGAAAAUCUGCAGCUUGGGAACCCCAGCAGCAUUACGACUGACGCCUGAGAAUGAUUACUGAUUUCCUAUAAUUUUCCAUGGAACUUCAGUACCUGCAGAAUGUGCUCCAAAAAUUCACACAACGUACAAAUGAAAGUGCUUGAACUUAUAAGACACAUUCCAGUGGUUAUGCAUUACAAGUUCCUGAUGACAAUGAUUCAGUGAACAUUAAGUGGAACUCAGUUUGUUGUGAAUUGAAGAGACAGUAAAGACAUUGCUCAAGCCUAAAAUAUUGAGAUGCAACUAGCAAUUCAUGAUGAAGACAAUGAAAUCGAUUUAGUGUUUAAUAUAUUUGUAAAAUUGUACAAGGAAGAUAAGUUUAUACACUAGCUAUAAGUAUUUUGUCCAAGUUGUGUAAGUGCAAUAUUUUAUUUAAGUGUGUCUUUGUUUGUUACAAGCUGUUUUAUUGUUCUGGGAGUGCAGAAGGGACUGAUAAUGAGUUGUGGUUAAUAUUUGGUGGCUUGUUAUUUGAAAUUAGCUUAUGACUUAUUAUGAGCACAAAGAAAGCACAGAGUUCAAAGCAAAUCAGAACUAGCCGAAGAAUGUUGUUGGGCUAAGUGCAUAAUUUGGCUUUAUUUUGUCUAAAAUAUGAGAGAAUGCUGGUCACCAGACAGUAAUCAUGUCAUACAUUGUUAAAAAAUGAUAUUAUUUCUGUGUUGUGAUUUUUUUUUCUUUUAAGAAACAAGGCUUUGAAUGCCAGUGCAUUCCAUUAUGAAUGUAAAUUGCAAAGAAUAAGUAAUUUUCUAUCUCAAACUGUAAGUGGCACAAAAAAUAUUUGCAUGUCCACCUCAUGAAGAAAAGACAUUAAUAGUAUUCCCAAUGUACAAAAGUAAUUUAAUUUAAUGAAGAAGGAAGAAUGGCUUCCUUGAGAGAGUAGAUGGUUUGGAUGAUCUGGUGAUCACCAUGAUGAUACCAUAAAAAUAAUAAAAAAAAAAAACAACA